AUGGCUUCCACAGAUCUCAAGCACUUUCUCGCCGACCAACCGCCAUCCGUCGUCAGACUGGAAAUCGAGAACCAUUUUGAGGCUCUCAAUGACAAGCAAAAGCGCUAUGCUCAUUUUAUAAGCAAAGCUUGCUUUGCCGGCACCAGAAUUGUCCUUCGACAAAUCUCUCCCGAGUCUGAGCCCAUCUAUGACCUGAUUCUCACUUUGCACAAGAGCUGCAAUGGCGAUUGGGACGCUCUGGGCAAGAAGGCUGGUGUUGAUGAGACCGAACUUACCAGCUUCUUGGAGUAUGCGGCCAUGUUUCUUGGUAAUAAUGGAAAUUAUAAGAGCUUUGGCGACUCAAAGUUUCUGCCCAGAUGUAGCGAGAAAACUGUCGCUGCUUUAGCUGCAACCUCCUCCGAGGCGACCGAGUUUUACAAGGCGACCAAUGGCGGCAUCUUCAGCCACGACAAGCCUGGUUUGCUACAUCUCGGCUUCAUCGAUGCCGGCCACAUGACCACCUAUUAUCCUGACUCUCCCAGCAUCACAAAGGACGACAUUGAGAACGUUUCCGCGUGGAUGGAGAAGAAAGGGUUGCUGCCCGAGAACAAUAGACUACGCAAAAAUGCCGACGGAUCAUUUGAGAUCCUCAUCGCGUCCGCCGUCACCAGUGUUCCUGCCGAGGGCGGUGAUAUUGGUAAAGACACAGAAUUCACUGUUGAGGACGGUGCCUUGCAGGGAAAGAAGAUUAGACUCGUAUAUGGCGACUAUGCCAGUGAGAUGAAGAGCAUUGCUGCCUACAUGAAGGAGGCAGCCGACAAUGCUGACAAUGAUACUCAAAAAAGUAUGCACCUCAAUUACAAUAAGUCAUUUGAGACCGGCUCUCUUGAAGCCUACAAGGACUCCCAGAGAGACUGGAUCAAGGACAAGGGCCCUAUGGUUGAGUGUAAUAUUGGGUUCGUGGAGACUUACCGUGAUCCUGCUGGUGUGCGUGGCGAGUGGGAGGGUUUCGCAUCCAUGGUCAACCUGGAGCGUACUCGUGCUUUUGGCGAACUCGUUGCUGCUGCUCCUACUCUCAUUCCUCUCCUUCCUUGGGGCAAAGACUUUGAAAAGGACAAGUUCCUGUCUCCUGAUUUUACAUCAUUGGAGGUUAUGACUUUUGCUGGAUCCGGUAUCCCUGCUGGUAUCAAUAUUCCCAACUAUGACGACAUUCGUCAGACCGAGGGGUUCAAGAAUGUAUCGCUCGGUAACGUUCUCAGUGCCAAAGCGCCGAAUGAGAAAAUCCCUUUCAUCCGUGAUGAGGACUUGGAACUCUAUAGGAAGUACCGUGACGCCGCCUUCGAGGCUCAAGUCGGUCUUCACGAGUUGACUGGUCACGGCUGCGGUAAACUUCUCCAAGAAACCUCACCAGGAGUAUUCAACUUUGACAAGGAGAACCCCCCCGUUAGUCCGGUCACCCAGAAACCCAUUACGACAUGGUAUAAGCCUGGCCAAACCUGGGGCUCUGUCUUUGGCAGUCUUGCCGCCUCAUAUGAGGAGUGCCGGGCGGAACUGGUUGCUAUGCACCUUAGCUGCGAGUUCCCUGUUCUAAAAAUCUUUGGCUUCGGAGAUGGUAGCUUGAAUAUGGAUGGCGAGGCCGGCGAUGUCUUGUAUGCUUCGUAUCUGUCUAUGGCUCGCGCUGGUCUUGCAUCUACGGAGUUAUGGGACCCUAAGAGCCAGAAGUGGGGACAGGCUCACAGCCAAGCUCGCUUCUCUAUUCUCAAGUGUUUCCUCGAGGCCGGAGACGAUUUCUGCAAGCUGCACUAUACCAAGGAAGACCUCUCUGAUCUGACUAUUCAUCUCGAUCGAUCCAAGAUUCUCACCACUGGUCGCAAAGCCGUCGCCGACUACCUGCAGAAACUUCAUGUUUACAAGUCUACUGCUGAUGUUGAGACUGGUACCAAAUUCUAUAAUGAGAUGACAAAGGUUGACCUUGACUUCUGGGGCACAAAGGUUCGAAAUGUUGUCCUUGAAAAUAAGCAGCCUCGUAAGGUGUUUGUGCAGGCCAACACGACCCUGGAUGAAUCUACUGGCAAGGUCUCUAUCAAGCACUACGAUCCCAGUCUUGUCGGCAUCAUCCAGAGCUGGGUUGACAGAGAUUUGUAA